GUCGUAAACGUCAUGGACUCGAAACGUAAAGAAUAUGCGGAAUGGGCGGACAUGGCUGCCAUCCUCCAGAGGGCUUGGAAACGGUUCAUCAAUACUGUUCCGGGUGAAUGGAAACCGGAGCUUACAUUUAGAGAUUACCCUUGUAUGAGGCAGGAAAAAGGGAAUAACUUAUGUGGAUACUACGUCUGCACCUUCAUGCGUGACAUGUCCUGUCCCAAGGGUGGGGAUCCCCAAAUACACCACACUCGUAUGACACGCCUGCGGGACACUCUCAUAACAGCGGAUCAAAUAAAAGCAAUUCAAGAGGAAAUCGCGGGAUUCUUUAUUACCGAGGUCCUUACCCCAGGUGGAGAGCACUAUCGGAAGAUCGUGACGUUGGACGAUAUUCGUUCAGGAAAAGUUGUAUUGUAAAUAUGCAUGCAUUACGUGUACUGUGUUGACUAU